UCGCCGCCGCGGGAACGUGAGCCCGGUAAUUUUUCAACCGAGAAAGACGAGGUUUUCGGGCUUGGCCGGGUGAGACUGAGGGAGUGGAGGGCUCCAGCAGCUCUCUUCUGACGUGACACGCGACAUGGAGGAUGAGCAGACCCUCCAGCCUGUCGACGAGGCCGUGGCUCCCGCGCGGCGCGCGUCUCCUGGGUCGGAGUGCGGGGACGAAGCCCAGCGUCCGAAUCCUGAGAAAAAGCAACGGUGUAGACUUGAUGGCCAAGAAACAAAAGCAUCUACGUUGAUUACCUCCAGUGCAAAUGAUUUCAGUGACCCAGUUUACAAAGAGAUUGCGAUUACGAAUGGUUGCAUUAACAGAAUGAGUAAGGAAGAGCUCAGAGCCAAACUUUCAGAAUUCAAGCUUGAAACCAGAGGUGUAAAGGAUGUACUAAAGAAGAGACUGAAAAACUAUUACAAGAAGCAGAAGCUGAUGUUGAAAGAAAGCAAUUGUGCUGACAGUUACUACGAUUACAUUUGUAUUAUUGACUUUGAAGCCACUUGUGAAGAGGGAAACCCACCUGAGUUCAUACAUGAAAUAAUUGAAUUUCCUGUUGUUUUACUGAAUACUCAUACCUUAGAAAUAGAAGAUACGUUUCAGCAGUAUGUGAGACCAGAGAUUAACACCCAACUUUCUGACUUCUGCAUCAAUCUAACUGGAAUUACUCAGGAUCAAGUAGACAAAGCCGAUACCUUCCCUCAGGUACUGAAAAAAGUCAUUGACUGGAUGAAACUGAAGGAAUUAGGGACAAAGUAUAAAUAUUCCAUAUUAACAGAUGGUUCAUGGGAUAUGAGUAAGUUCUUGAACAUUCAGUGCCAGCUAAGCAGGCUCAAAUAUCCACCUUUUGCCAAAAAGUGGAUCAAUAUUCGAAAGUCAUAUGGAAACUUUUACAAGGUUCCUCGAAGCCAAACUAAGCUGACAAUAAUGCUUGAAAAACUCGGAAUGGAUUACGACGGGCGGCCUCACAGUGGUCUUGAUGACUCUAAGAACAUUGCACGAAUAGCAGUUCGAAUGCUGCAGGAUGGAUGUGAACUCCGGGUCAACGAGAAAAUGCAUGCGGGGCAGCUAAUGAGUGUGUCCUCUUCACUACCAAUAGAGGGCACUCCAGCACCACAAAUGCCACAUUCCAGAAAAUAACAGCAUUUUUGCCCUUUUGCCUGUGGAUCAUUCACUGUAACUGGAGCUGCUACAAAGAGGUAGCAGAUGAAUACCUAUUGAAUUAGUCCUGCAGUGCAAAAUUUAAGCACCUUAACAUUUAAAAUCUUAUUACAGUAAUAGGUAUACACAUACAUAUGUGAACAGAUUCCGUGGGAGGGCAUAUUGAAUUCCUUGUCACC